AUGAAUAUGUUUUUCUUGAACUUGAGCAACAACAAAAUUGGCGAGAAAAUUCCAAUGGAGAUAGGGAGGAUGGCUCAGCUUAACGUACUUGAUUUGAGCCAUAAUCUUCUUGUUGGAAAUAUACCCCCUCAGUUAGCCAAUUUGGAGGUCUUGUUAAGCUUAAAUCUUUCUCACAAUGGCCUAUCUGGGCACAUUCCUGAAGAACUUGAAAGUUUGACUGGUUUGCAGUAUGUUGUAUUGUCAUAUAAUGAGUUGGAAGGUCCAAUUCCUAAUAAUAAAGCUUUCGUCAAUGCCUCGUUGGAGGGUAAUAAAGGUCUUUGCGGCAAUGUAACAGGACUCCAGCCCUGUCAAAGGCCAUCUUCUGCGGUGAAGAAGCACUCAAAGGUGAAGAGACGUAGACUUAUCCUCAUCACCGUACUUCCUGUUAUGGGAGCACUAGUACUGCUCUGUGUUUUCAUGGGUGUCCUCUUCAUGUGUGAUAAAAAAAGGAGAACUAAAGACAUUGAAAUACAGGAUGAUGGUUGGCUCUCGAUAUCCAUGUUAGAUGGAAAGACAUUAUAUAGAGACAUCGUAAAUGGCACAGAGGAGUUUGAUGCAACAUUUUGCAUCGGCCAAGGAGGGCAUGGAAGUGUUUACAAGGUAAACCUUCCAUCCCUAGGGAUUAUAGCAGUGAAGAGACUUCAUUCUUCAUUUGAGAGUACACAUUCCAAAAGCUUCAUGAAUGAAGUAAGGGUAUUAACUGGAAUUAAACAUCGGAACAUUGUGAACCUCUAUGGCUAUUGUUCGAAUGCACAACACUCGUUCUUGGUUUACGAGUAUGUGGAGAGGGGUAGCUUGUCUAGUAUUUUGAGCAAUGAAGUUGAGUCCAAGAAGUUGGAUUGGCUUAAAAGGGUGAAUAUCAUCAAAGGUGUUGCUUUUGCUUUAUCUUACAUGCACCAUGAUUGCUCACCACCGAUUGUUCAUAGAGACAUAUCAAGCAGUAAUGUUUUGCUUGAUUCCGAAAAUGAAGCUCGUGUUUCAGAUUUUGGCAUAGCUAAGAUUCUCAAGCCAGACUCAUCCAAUUGCACUACACUUGCAGGCACAUAUGGCUAUGUUGCACCUG